GGAAAAAAAACCUACGGUGGCUAGUUCUGUAUGCCCUUGUAGCAUCAAAUUUUCCAGGGUGUCAAAAUUAGGGUUAAUUAUAAUUCAUAAAAUUAUUAUAAACUGCAGAUAAUUCCGGUUUAUUUAAUUUGUGUGUAAGUUUGCAUUUGAAAUUUGCGAAACAGUCUCGAGUGCAAGCGGUUACCCUGCAUGCUAAUUAGCUAACCUGUCAGAGGAGUCAAAGGAACUGAAGUUAAACAGGAAUUUUGGAGCUGAAGGAAAGAAAUGAGUGAAUAAUAAAGAACACACACAACAGUGUAGAUGAACAGCAAAAAGUUAAUAAGAAGAACAGUGAGAUUUGGGAGCGAGAUGGGAUUUGUUGUAUCUAAAUUCAUGGAUCAGAACAUGAAGAAGCAGCAGGAGUUCAUGCUGCUCAAUUCCAGAAUCCAGAUGGAGCGUCAGAUCCUGAUGCAGAACGAGAUGCGGGAGCGUCAGAUGGCCAUGCAGAUCGCCUGGUCCAGAGAGUUCCUCAGAUAUUUCGGCGUGUUUUUCGGACUGGCUGCGGUCGGACUCGCCGCCGGAGCUGUGAAGAGGAGGAAACCGCUCCUGUUUGCCCCUCUGGUGCCGCUCAGCUUCAUCAUGGCGUAUCAGGUGGACAUGGCGUACGGCUCGCUCAUCCACCGCAUGAGAGGUGAAGCGGAGAGCAUCAUGGUGGCUGAGACAGAUCGCUUGAGUUUACCUCACGGAACGCCGUCGUUCGAGAGCAUCGAGAAAGCUCGCAGGGCCAAGUGCCAUCUUCCACCGCUAACAGAGAAAUGAUGAACCACGCUGGCUAACAGAAUUAAAGUUCUCUGAUCUUAUAAAUCCUCUCUGUGUUCUGCUGAUUGUUUUAAUGGUUCGAUCGGCACACAAAAGGUGUUUGCUGGGUGUCAAUCAAGAUGGUACUGCACCUCAUUCCAGGGUUUUGAUGCUUUGCAAAUGAAAACAAAGUCAUGAAUAAACGUUUUUUCUUCUA